UGUAUUAUUUCCUUGAGCUUUUUACAAUUCAGUAGGUACAGUUAUAAAAGAUCCAGUUUUCUAAUUUAUAUCUUAUCAAAUCCUUUAUUUUGGAUUAUGUACACCUUUUCUAUAAUUUUAUUCUAUCCAUUUUAAUCUAUUAUAAAAUGGUCCAAGUUUUUAUGCGGUAAUUGCGAAUUACCAAUGUACACGUUCAUAUGAUAUUAAACAAUAAAUACAAAACUGUUGAGAUCGAUAUAACAACAUACAAGACGAAACAACGUGAAAAUCACCAUUCUGAUGCCAUGAACGAAAAUAUCACAGAGAGAUACAAAAAAUGCAAUCAAAAUAGAUUCAUCUGUUCCAUAUGUUUGAACAAAAAAGCUUCACAAGAAGACAACAGACAUAAAGAAUGUUGCAAACGGAAAUCUAAAUCUUGUCCCAUUUGUCAGAAAGCUUGUGAAAUUGAUGAAUUUAAUAAUGGGCAUAAGAAAAAUGGCCACAGGAAAGUGGAAAUGGGCGAUGAAGCUACUAAACUUGAUAAUGUUAGUAAAGAUACCAACGGCAAGAACAUUCAAACAUCUCAACCAGAUGUUACUAAAGGACUGACUUUACUUAACGAAGUACUAACUGUGUUCCAAAAUAAAAAACAACUAGAGACUAAAAACCACAAUACAAGUAAAACUGUUAUACUCAAAGAUGCAAGCGUGGAAACGGACAGACAGACAACCAAACCAAAACUAACUUUUAGCAAAACAUUUCUUUACUCGCUAGGAGACAACGAUGACAUCCAGAAAAACGGUAAAUUCUCAAUAAUAAAUUCUCAACCAGAAAUUGGAGAAACUGUUAUAAAAUCACAAUUUUCGAUAGACUUAAAACAGAAAUCUUCAUCAAUACCUCAAAUGAAGUUAGAAGAACUAAAACAAUCCUUGAAACAGAAAACUAAAUCGAAAGACGCCAUUGAAGAAGUGAAUAGAAUGUUCGGGAACGUUCGAAAGCAAGAAUUGGGGGAAAGUCUAGAUGAUUCUAAUAGGCCAAUGAUUAGAAGCGGCCCUAGAGUGUUGCCAGUUGUUAAAACUAAUAACCAUAAUUCGGAGAGUAAAAAUACCAAAGAACAACAGGAUUGUUGCCAUUGUCAGAAUUGUUAUCACAUGUCAAGCGGUGAUUCUAUCCAAGGGUGUUGUUAUUUAGAGAGAUAUGAUAAGUGUUGCAAAGCUUGUUGUCAUCAUAUACAUCGACGCGCAGAGGUUUCCGAGCAUUGCUACAGUAAAAAUGAUUGUAAGCAUUCUGUGAAUGUUCAUGAUGGAUAAUCCAUACUAAUAUUAUAAAUGCGAAAGUGUGUCUGUCUGUCU